GUUUUUAAUAAUUUUCCUGUUUCCCCCAACAAAUCGAGAGAGAAAAAAUGGAAUGACAAGAAACCCAUUUGAUUUUGAAAUCUCUCUUCCGCUGUAGCUGGAACUACCGAAUUUUCGCGUACAAACAGAUUUAUGUGACACUCAAGAUUGAAGAACUGGUUAAUGAUGUCUAAAUUCAUGUCAUUGGAUGAAGGAAUGAUGGUAAUCGAAGAGGCAAUUAAGAAAGCAAGAAGAAUUAUUCAAGGCCAACCAGAAACUGAGUUCACUGUGGAAGAAUAUCUGAAGUUCUAUGAAUGCGUCUAUUUCAUGUGUGCAUAUCGUAGAACUGAUGAGGAACCAAUGAAGAUUUAUGAUAGGUUCAAGGGCAGCUUGGAAGAGAGCAUUGUUUCAUUCGUACUACCGUCAUUAACCCAAAAAAAUGAUGCCUCUUUGUUGACAGAACUCGUGGUAAUGUGGUCUAACUACAAGAAGAUGUCGACGUGGCUACGUGAAUUAUUCGAAUACCUAGACGAAUUCUUCAUCCCUUCUUAUUCAAAAAACCUUGCCUCACUUGAGGAGACCUGUAUUAAUUGCUUCCAGCAACUGGUUCUGGAGAAGCUUUUCUGUGAAUUAUGUGCAGCUGCAAUAUCACUGAUCAAUCACGAGCGUGUGGGGUUGCACAUUGAUCAAAACGUGCUGAAGAAUGCCUUGCUCGUAUUUGUGGAAUUUGAUGGAUAUGGUAGAUCGAACUUUUGUGAGAAGUUUGAGAAGGCCAUGCUAGAAGAAUGUGCUACUUACUACUCUCGGUUAGCUCAGGAAUGGCUUCUAUAUGAUUCGUGUGCUGAUUACUUUCAAAAGGUUCAGUGGUGCAUUAAUCAGGAGAGAAUAAGAGCUAGUUGCUACUUCCCUUCUGGAGCUGGGGAGAAGUUACUAAAGGUCGUGAUAGAUCAACUGGUGGAGAAGAGAAUAGCCAACUUGAUUGAAAAGCAGCAAUCUGAGAACUGCGGCUUCGCUACAGAUUAUCAGGAAAUGUUGUCUAAAUGUGCUGGCAUGAGGCUUGAAGAGGGGACCCCUGCAUCAACCCCAGGAGAAUGGCUGUCUUCGUUAAUGGCGAGCUCAGCUCGUAUAGGCUAAGCCUUAUCGUGUUUUGACCAAGAACUAAUGUUUUGUGUUAAUUACGAGCUUGCGCAGAUCUUUUUUUUUCGUAGGUAAGCAGGAGUGAGUGCUCGAACUUGAGUUCUGUCCAGUUCGAAUAUAUGCCUCAACCAUUGGCUGCGGAGAUCUUGUUUAUCCAUAACGAACAUUAACCCAGUAAUGUUUUAACCUUGCUCUAAUGAAGAUGGUUUGGGCUCCUAAGAGUAUAAAUACUCAUCUCACUGGGUAGAUGGUUUUGGCAUGUAAUUAGAUUCGAAGACAUUACAGUAUCUUUUUGGUUCAUCAAAGAUCCACACUUGAAGCUGUACGUUUAUAUGAAAGCCUGGUGAUGUGGAUUGUGCCUUAAA